ACUCCUUUUCGACUGACGGAAGGCGACCAAUGAAGACAGACUGUGAGAGGUGGGGAUGAGGCGAGCAAACCUAAAUUAGCCGGCAGCAAACGGAGAGAUGGGAUGUGAGUCCUUUCCAGGCAGUUGCGAGGCUGAGCUGCUCAAAAUUAAAUGAAACUGUCCAUAGUUCACUUUUCAUGUCGACUUUCUGUUUGGAAUUGAUGGGCGGUUCCUCCUUGGGCAAACAAACGAAUCACGUGAUUGGGAAAAGGGGUUCCAGACCGAGAGUUUUCCUGCAGCAACAUCCACAAUUCGGGGUAAUUUCCAAACUCAGGAUUUCAAAAACUAGAAGUCUAGAACUGUGUGGGAGAUGGAAGAAUAUGACUUCUGUGAAUAUCUCCAUCCCCUGGUCGGCAAUGAGUCAUUCCGCUUUUUUACUGCAAGCCGCGUGGGGAGUCAAGACCUUAUCAAUUCUACUUUCUCAAAGUUGAGAACUUUCUUUCAUAUCUUCGGUACUCUUAGAUAUUCUCAUAGCAUUUUUGACGUAGCGCAAUUCUCAAUCUUUCUACACAUCACAACACUCAAAAUGGCAUCGUCCCGUCCCAUCCAGUCAGUGACAAAUGCGGAGCUGUACAACCGCUGGGCCAAAGUGCGUGACUCCACCUUCUCUCACAUCCUCACUCCUUCACUCUUCAUAUAUAUAUAUGUUCUCAGAGUCCUAAGAGCAACACGCCAACAGGUCUAUGAUACAGAUGGCAACAUACUCCAAAGCGUCGACGACGUGAUGCUCCCAGCGCUUCUUAACUUUGUCUUCACCCUCCUCCCGUCGGACAUGCCAAUCACAAUCACAGAACUAGGUUGCGGAACCGGCCGCAACACCGCCAAGCUCCUGUCUCCCUCUUCCUCAUUACCACAAAUUACCUCAAUCGCGGCGCUCGAUCUCUCCCCGGGAAUGCUCAUGGUAGCAAAACAACGCUGCGAAACUCACCUCACAGCAAAUGCCUCAAACGUCUUGCUCGCGCCCCCUGCCGUUGGAUUCCACGAAUUCGAUGCCCUACACCCAGAGCUAUCUCCAGAGAUAAACGCUCUGGAAGGCAAAGCAGAUCUCGUGCUGUCAACAUUGGUCUUGGAGCAUUUACCACUUGAUGUAUUUUUUCGCACUGUCAAAUCAUUUCUGAAGCCAGGCGGGUACUUCCUGUUAACCAAUAUGCAUGCCGAUAUGGGACGUAUCUCUCAAGCUGGUUUCGUGGAUGAGGUCACGGGUGAGAAGAUCCGAGGGCAUAGUUUUGCGCAUGAGAUUUCAGAGGCGAUCGAGGAAGGGGAGAAGUGGGGCUUUGAAGUGGUAGGAGAGGUGGGCGAGAGGGCUAUUACUGAAGGUGAUUUAGGGGCGGUUGUUGGGGAACGGGGAAAGAAAUGGAUUGGCAUCAAUGUGUGGUUUGGAUUUGUUAUGCGAUUUGGUGCUGUGGGAAAGAAAGGUUAAGAUCGGAGAAGGAGGAUAGUGAGUACUCGAAGAGAGUAGAAAUGGAUUUCUACGCUAUGUACUGCACAACAUAAUCGUGUCCUGUUCCUCGACGCCGGAGAUCCCAAAGCAUGACCUGACCCAGUUCCGAUAUCCCAAACUGUAAUGCUGAAAACUAAACAACUCUAAGGCUCGUAAUGAUCUAAACCCCCAUGGUGAAAUCGUGCUCGAUGCCUGGUGUGACGCUUGCCAUGAACUGUCUCGUAGUUAGCAAUGGACACAUGGAGUGAUAAUCAUAGAAGCAUACCUUCAAGAAGACAACCAGGUAUUGAUCCACCCGAAUAGCAACCUCUUCAUCGUGCGUCGCUUCCGCAUCAUGUUGCAAGACCUCCCACUCAUCAUUCCCAUUUCCACCUGCCUUCAUCCCCUCUAACAUCGCCU